AUGGCCGCCGUCCCCAAUGACUGGCGCGUCCAGCUGCGCCCGCCGCCGCGCGACACACGCAUCAAGACGUCGGACGUCACCGCUACGAAGGGCAACGAGUUCGAGGACUACUACCUCAAGCGCGACCUGCUCAUGGGCAUCUACGAGAUGGGCUUCGAGCAUCCGUCACCCAUCCAGGAGGCCGCCAUUCCUGUCUCUCUCGCCGGCCGCGACAUCCUCGCCCGCGCGAAGAAUGGCACCGGCAAGACUGGAGCAUACCUUAUCCCGAUCUUGGAGCGCGCAGACUUGAAGCAGAAUAUCGCCUCGGCCCUCAUUCUUGUCCCUACUAGAGAGCUCGCGCUGCAGACGGCACAGGUGUGUAAGAAACUGGGCAGGCAUAUUGAAGGCCUGGCUGUAAUGGUCUCCACUGGCGGGACCUCGUUGAAGGACGAUAUUAUGCGCUUUUAUCAGCCCGUGCAUGUGCUAGUGGCUACACCUGGUCGUGUAUUGGAUAUGGCAGACAAGGGCGUCUGUAAACUGUCAAAGUGUGGUAUGCUUAUUAUGGAUGAGGCUGAUAAGCUUUUGGCCCCCGAAUUUACCCAGGUUGUCGAGCAGAUAAUUGGAAAGCACAUGCCGAGGGAUAGGCAGAUUUCCUUGUUUUCGGCUACUUUUCCCGUCGCUGUCAAGGGUUUCCGCGAUCGCUGGCUUAGAAAACCACAUGAGAUUAACCUUAUGGACGAGCUCACUUUGAGAGGUAUCACCCAGUUUUAUGCUUUUAUGGAGGAAUCGAAAAAAGUUCAUUGCCUAAAUACCCUCUUCUCAAAACUCCAAAUCAAUCAAAGCAUCAUCUUCUGUAACUCUGUCAACCGCGUAGAAUUACUGGCAAGAAAAAUCACGGAGCUGGGCUACUCGUGCUUCUACAUUCAUGCCAAAAUGCCCCAGGAACAACGAAACAGGGUCUUCCACGACUUCCGUUCUGGCGCCUGUCGAAACCUCGUCUCCUCAGAUCUCUUCACCCGUGGCAUUGACAUUCAAGCUGUCAACGUCGUCAUCAACUUUGACUUUCCAAGAAGCUCAGAAACGUACUUACACAGGGUAGGUCGAUCAGGAAGGUUUGGCCAUCGCGGCCUGGCUAUUAGCCUCAUCACCUACGAAGAUCGUCACAACCUAUAUCGCAUCGAGCAGGAACUUGGAACGGAAAUUUCCCCCAUCCCACCUCUAGUGGACAAGUCGCUAUAUUGCGCCUAA